AUGGCAGUCGAUCCGAACGCGACGACGGUAGAACCUACCGGCCUCGGACGCACCCUUCUCGGCCUCACGCUAUUCUUUCCAUUUCCCGUUGCAAUAGUUGUUGGUUUGAGAUGUUGGGUUAGGUUAAAACACAAGGUGUUUGGCGUGGAUGAUGGGCUCAUGGUGAUCGGAUGGGGGCUAUAUAUGGGCGUUACGGGCGUCGUUGCCCGGGGAGUAUAUGCGGGGAUUGGUACGAAAGAUGCCCAAUUGAACGCCAUAAUGCAGAGUGAUGGCCGGAGGUUUCUCUACUACUUUCAGGUCAUCUAUUGCUGCUCGUUGUUAUUUAUCAAGGGAUCGAUCUGCGUCAUGCUCCUCCGAAUCGCCGUCGGCAAAGUCUACCGAAUAAUUAUCUGGGCCACACUAAUAUUCUCGACCCUCUCCACCACCGUCGUCAUCAUUGGCCUCUUUCUCAUCUGUCGACCGAUAUCCGCCGCUUGGGGCCACCCUGGGAAAUGUUCACCAACUGUUGUCAUCGCCAGCCUCGGAUAUCUCGUUUCAACCGGCGCCGUCGUCACGGAUUGGACGUGUGCCAUUUUACCUGGAUUCAUGCUCUACAGAACGAACAUGAAGACGUCAAUGAAGAUAUUAAUUACCAUAAUCCUGGGGCUGGGUGUUCUUGCCUCCAUUGCGACCAUCAUCAGAUUCCCUGAUGUAAAGUAUUAUACGCAAACUGGGAAUUACCUAUACAACGUCGCAAAUAUUGUUAUCUGGUCAAUAGUGGAAUCCGGAGUAGGAAUCAUCGCCAGUUCACUACCAUCUCUGGGGAGGCUUCUCAAGAGACGAUUCCACACCGAGCCAUCGGGCGGUCAACCUCCCGCCGCCCAAGUCGUGCCAUACGCGGGAUCGAACAGAGCAACCAUCACCACCAACACUUCGGCAGGCUCGCGGCCUUUCCACAAGAGUGUGGGCUCCAGCACAGUAGGGGAUGAAGACAGGGACCGAUUUGACGACGGAGCGUCUAGUCGAAAGAUUUAUGUCCAGGUUGAUCUGGAGAUGCAGUCGCUGGAACGGCCUAUGACGCCUCGGAGGUCGCACGGGUCUCAGGAUGAGCUUGUGAGACAGUAA